AUUUUUACUUCCUGACUUCCGGAACACAUUGCAUCACCGAUCAUCAUGGAAGAAAAUGAUGUAAACCGGUCUGCAAUUCAAGAACAAAUUAAGAUACAAGGAGAAGUUGUUCGAAAACUUAAAGCAGAUAAAGCCGAAAAAGAUAAGAUCAGUGAAGAAGUAGCUAAGCUGCUGGAGCUGAAGGCCAAACUAGGAGAUGAUUCUCAGAAGACCAAAUUUGUCCUCAAAUGUCCCAAAGGGACGAGAGAUUAUAAUCCACAACAAAUGGCCAUCAGGGAGGGGGUGUUCAACACAAUCAUCAAGUGCUUCAAACGUCACGGGGCAGAAACCAUCGACACCCCCGUCUUUGAGCUCAAGGAAACCCUGACAGGGAAAUAUGGAGAAGAUUCCAAGUUAAUCUAUGACUUAAAGGAUCAAGGUGGAGAACUCUUAUCACUGCGAUAUGACUUAACCGUUCCUUUUGCGAGAUAUCUUGCAAUGAAUAAGAUUCAAAACGUCAAACGUUAUCACAUUGCCAAAGUGUACAGGAGAGAUAACCCAGCCAUGACCAGAGGAAGAUUCAGGGAAUUUUAUCAGUGUGAUUUUGACAUUGCGGGUCAAUACGAUGCUAUGAUUCCUGAUGCAGAGUGUGUUAAACUUGUGUCAGAAAUCUUAAACCAGUUGGACCUUGGGGAAUACAUUAUAAAGAUAAACCACAGGAAGGUCCUGGACGGAAUGUUUGCGGCCUGCGGAGUCCCAGACGACAAGUUUAGGGGAGCCUGUUCAGCUGUGGACAAGCUAGAUAAGACAUUUUGGGAUGAUGUCAGAGCAGAAAUGAUUCAGGAAAAGGGAAUUGACCCAAUAGCUGUAGAUAAGAUAGGAAAAUAUGUAGAAUUGAAAGGUAGAACUGAGCUGAUUGACAAACUUUUAGAAGACGAGGCCAUGAAAGCUCAGAAAUCUGCCGUGGAGGGAUUGGAAGAUUUACGAGUCCUAUUUAAAUAUCUUGAAUUAUAUGGAAUAACAGACAAGGUUGUUUUUGACUUGAGUCUAGCCAGAGGACUUGACUACUAUACAGGUGUCAUAUAUGAAGCUAUUUUGCAAGGUUUUGCCCACAAUCCCAAGGCUGGUGCUGAUGGGGAUGAGAGCGUGAGUGUUGGCAGUGUGGCAGGUGGUGGGCGAUACGAUGGGCUCGUGGGCAUGUUCGAUUCUAAAGGAAAGAAAGUGCCAUGUGUAGGCGUGAGCAUCGGAGUGGAAAGGGUCUUUGCCAUCAUGGAAUCUCGAGCCCUGGCUUCAAACACGAAGACAAGGACAACAGAAACUGAAGUUUAUGUCGUCUCUGCCCAGAAAAAUCUGGUGGAGGAGAGGAUGAAGAUUUGUAAAGAAUUAUGGGAUGCAGACAUAAAGACUGAACAGUCCUACAAGAGGAAUCCAAAGGCUUUGGAUCAGUUCCAGUAUUGUGAGACCAACUCCAUUCCCAUUGCAAUCAUCAUUGGGGGUUCUGAAAUUGAGAUGGGAGUUGUCACACUAAGGAUAGUAGGAUCCCGAGAGGAGAGAACAGUUCAAAGGGAAAAGAUGGUGGAAGAAAUUAAAUCUGUCUUGGCAAAUUUGAAUUGACCAUAGAUGUGCUAUGAUAGACAACAUGAAUAUUUAUUUUUUGAGUACAAUGUACUGCUUUAGUUGUCCUAUUUGUCUCCUUGAUGUAAAGAAACAAAACAUUGUGAUUCAUCAUACAUUUGAUUUAAAAUCCACUUUAUUCAGUGGUGACAGAUUUUCAGACCUCUUAUUAAAAGUGUGGAUAUUUCAGGUCUUUUAAAUGUAUAUUUUUUUUUCUUGAAAUUGAAACUUGCUGCUAAAUAAAAGAAAUGAAGUCUACAGUGAAA